ACAAAAGACUGGUGAAGGAGGGGGCAUUGAUCGAUUGAACUUUACAGUAUGAUUUCCAACAUAAACGGCUCUCUCAGUCACUCGUAAUUAUGAGCCUACAUAUUCUCUAAGAUACUUUUGUUGAGCAAAUCAAGCGUUACACAUUAAUGUUGCUACAAGAGUUAGGCACCAAAGAGAAAGAGAGAGAAGAUACUUGUUGGAGUCUUGAGCAAGACACAUAUCAUAAAGAUAACAAGACUGGGAAUGCGGUUUCAGUAUGACAUUGUUAUUUAAGCCCAUUUCUCUUUUUGUUCUGUCUUCCUCUACUUGUUUUCUUUCACCACAUUGGUCAUAUCUUGAAUCCAAGUAAAAGUAGUAAGUGUGUACCGUUAAUGUUUUCUUUUGCCAUUUGAAGCAACAAGCGUUCCAAGCCUGUGUGUUUAUACUGCAAAAAGGCACAAUCGCUGAAGCAAGCCAUGAGAUGGAAAGAUAUAAUAUUCCUUUUUUUUUUGCUUUCUUUUUUCUAUUUAGAAAGAACUUGUCUUAUCUUUUCACUUCUCAAAAUAAAUUAAGAUCAGAGCACAAAGAGGUGACAAUGAACAGAGGUUUCUCUUCUACUCUCUUCUCUGUUCUUGAUUCAGUGAAUUCAAUGUGGCAAACUAUUGACUGAUCUCAAGCUGAGUUUGAUGUGGGAAAUAGGCUACAUUAAUUUGGUAUAUUAUACUUUUCAUUUCGACGCGCAUGAUAUGAAGGGGUAAAUUUUAUACUUCAUUUUGUUGGAGUCAGUAGCUAUUCCAUCUACGUACGGUUAUAAUCAUUACCCUUGACAUCAUUUUAACUGAGGCGACCUCUCUUGUAAACCGAUGCUUCAUCUUUGUUGACCUCCUAUGAAAGCAUCAUCUCCACCUCGAGAUGAUGUUGUGAGUGAGGGAUCACCCAAUUUUUUUAUAACGACGGAUCACUACCAGAACUACUCUCCUCUGAAAUCAAAGAGGUCUUCCGUAUGUACAAACUUGCUUCAUUUUUAUGUUAAUUCACAUAUUUAUAAUAAAAAAAGGGGGUUUUCCCUUUAUCACUAUGUGCACAUGAAGGUGAUAUUGGCCCGCUAGUAUUCCCACCUUUUAUGAAUAGUAAUUUCAUGCAUUCGAAUAAUCUGGAUAAACAUAUUAGCUAUAACCUUACGGUGCCUGAUAUUUUAUUUUCACUGCCUACUUGAAAAGUGGAUAUCAUAAGUUUAUAGUCUUUUUAAUAGCUGUUUACUAUAUAUAUUUAAUUAUACCCAUAUAGAGUUAUCACCUAGAUGGACUUUUGUGUAUGAGAAUAAUUGGUUAUUGGUUUAUUUAUAAAUUUAGUUAGCAAUAAGCUUAAUAUUAACCCAUCAAAUAAAAAUAACUCUUUGUUUUUGUCCCUAAUUACGAUUUUAAAGAAAGUUGAGAGCAAAGAUAUAAUUCAAAAUCUAAUCCAUCUCCGAUGAAUUAUAAUUAAUCAAUCUGGUUAGGGAAUUUCCUUUGUUAAAAAACGGAAAAAGGAAACUGGAGGCGACAUGUGGUUUCAUCGACAUAUGUACAACAAAAUAUAUUCAGGUAGUGAAUUAUAUAAUCUACCUUUGACGAAUUAAUUAAAAGCAAAACCUGAAUAUGAAAACUAUAUAGCAAACCAAAACGCAAAAAGGAAAUUCUAGCGGUUUAUAUUUCCUUUUCCUAGUAAGAAAACAAAUACUCCCUCUAACAAAGCAGUAUAAAUAUAGGUCACUACAGCCCUUCACAGCAACAAUCAAACAAAGUAUCUCUCGAACAUCUCCAUAAGCUAUAGUCAAGAUUAGUUUCUGUACAAUGGCACCCGACAACAAUCCGUUCUCCAUGUCGACCAUGUUCAAUGCUUUACAACGUAUCCACCUCUCAAAUACGCGCUUAAAACGGCUCUUUAACCUAAUGACUAGUUGUGAAGGCGUGGGACAGUUUAAGGAUCUGAUCUCAACGUUUGACCAAAGUCAGCUUCAGAAGAUGGCGUCGUUGCUGACGUCAGACUCCGACUACUUCAUGGAGGUCGUCAGUAACAAGUACGGGUCGAGACGCGUGCAGAAGCUCCUCGGGAUAUCGGAUGACGUGGACGCGUUCUUCUACGGUGCUAUCUUGCAACGCUUCUUCGACAUCAUGACUGAUAAGUACGCAUCCUACGUGGCGAUUCGAGCUACGGUCGUUUUCGACCAGGUGAAGAAACAUGUGAUGUACAAGUACCUUCUCCACUACGCGCUCGACAUAGCGCGUAUACAAUACGGCUGCAUCGCGCUCAACGAGGUUUUAACCGACGCGGAUGAUCCUCUCUACAGAAACCGGUUACUAGACGUAGUCGCGCGCGACGCUCUCUUCCUAAGCAACGAUCUUUGGGGGAACUUUGUGGUCCAACACGUGCUUAAACUGUAUGACUUGCGUUGCACGUACCGCGUGGCGGUUAGUCUUCGUGGCCAUUGUGUUGAUCUGUCGUUUAAGAAGUACGGAAGCUACAUCGUGGAGAAGCUCUUGGAGGCUGAUGUGUCGAUGGGUAUGGUGGUUGUGGAGCUUUUGAAGUGCGAUGGAGAUAGGUUGAUGAGGCUGGCGAGGAGUGAGUUUGGGAAUUUCGUGGUGCUCACGGCACUGAGAGUCACGCAGGAGAUGAAUAGGGUUGAUUUGUUUAGGGAUCUGGUGCAGAAGCUGAUGCCUCUUCGCCACCUUUUGCUUAGGUCUCACGGAAACAAAAUUGCCAACGUCUUGGAGACAUGUUCUAUAGCUACUAGGUACUCAAAUUAAAAGUUCUCAUAUUGUUCUAUACUGAUGAAUUCUUGUUAAAAGAAGUUUGUCUUUGGUUUGAUCUUUUGUACAAGGAUCCAGAUUUAAUUCAAAGUAGACUUUUUUAUUCUUGAAAUCAAAAGUGAUGAAAGAUAACGAUUACAUGCAGUAAUUCUGACAUUUUAUACAAUAUUCAGAACUAUUCUUGAUAAAUUUGUAGGAAAGACGGCCAUAAAUGAUAGAUAGUAAUAUUUAGAUUUUUUUUUAAAUGAUUUUGCUAUAACAAUUUGAUUUUGUAUAAAUUAUGUUUAAAAAAAACCUUUAUUGUCUACAGAACUAAAAUGAAUUACAGUUUUGAAUAAGAAAACAAAUAAAGAGGUGGCCGGCCACACAACUUCUACCUCCGAUGCCCUUUCGCCACCUUUAGCGUAGGUCUCACGGAAGCAACAUUGCAAACAUAUUGGAUACAAGAUGCUCAAAUUAAAAGUUUUCGAAUGUUGUAUGGUUGAUUGCUGAAUUCUGGUUUAAAGUAGAUUGUUAUUGAAUUUUUUGUACAAGGAUCCUGAUUUAAUUCAAACAGUGUGGCUUUUUAUGUACAACGAUUGCAGGCAGUAAUUCAAACAUUAUACAAUUUUCAGAACUAUUCAUGAUAAAUUUGUAGGAAAGACGGGCAUAAAUAUACUUCAACAGUAAUAUUUCAAUUUCUUUUUAUAUAUAUGUUUUUGCUAUAACAAUUUUUUUUUGUAUAAAAUUAUGUUUUAGAAAAAAAAACUUUAUUUUCUGUAGAACUAAAUUGAAUUACAGUUUUGAAUAAGAAAUCAAAUAAGAAGACACAACUUCUACCUCUGUUACCAGUGGACUUACAUUUACAUGCAUCAACAAGGCAACCAAACAUAACAUCUUCAGCUCCUGCAAUAGAGAAAACAUAUUUAAUACCGGUCAUA